GAAAAAUGUGCUUCUCCCAUUUUCUUUUGAAGGUUGGAGAUUUUGGAGAUUUUCAUGAUUCCGUAAUUCUAACAGUUAGAAAUGACGAAUUUAUUUAUUCUUUUCCUCUUCCUUAUCACAAGCGAAGCAAUCACUAUAUCUAAACCUCCACUUCAUACACCCGUUUCAAGUGUACCAGUUCAAUUGAGAGCCCGUCAAACGACGUCAUUUGCUUCACUUUGCGGAUAUUCAAAUGGUGACAUUGAAAUUCCUCGGACAGCUGAACCCGGAUAUGCUUGUCGUGAAGAUACUGUCAAUAACUUAUGGGGUUUUUGCCCAAACACUAUAGCUGAAGCUACCAAUUGUGAUUUUGUUGGCUACUGUGUCGACGAUGGUACUUGCUCUACCGGCUGUGGGAGGUCUAGUCUGACACAACUUCAUUGUACAAACGCGAUGCCUUAUUGUUCAACAGCUUUAUUAGUUUCCGAAGAACAAACAUAUACAUAUCUAACAUGUGCGACAUCGCCAACUACCAACUUUUAUCUGGUCAAUCCAACAAGCAAUUCUGUCUCGACAGUUUCGUCGGCUUCGACAUCACAAGUAUCAACAACGCAAUAUUAUUCUACGAUUGUUGGCGCAACUUCCUCAUCAGCUCCUAGUGCUCAGUCAACUAGUGCGCAGUCAACUAGUGCGAAAGCUUCACCAAACAAUGUUGGAGCUAUAGUUGGAGGAGUCCUUGGAGGUCUUGCUCUUAUUCUCCUUAUUGUGAUUGCUCUAAUAUUCUUAAAACGAUAUAAACCAUCGACUUCACUGAAAGGCGAGAAAGACACGAAUGGGGAAUCAAUGGCUUUUACAGGACCUAUUGCCGACAACGGCGGAAUACACGAACUUUAUGAUUAUAGAAAAGAGGCUAGGGAGCUUGAUUCUACCACCUCGGUAAUGAAAGGAAAUUCAGAUUUGAAGUCUGGAAUUUUGACUGGGGAUGAGACAACAAGAAGAAAUCCUGCUGCGGUUGAAUUGGAUAUAUCGCCUUAAUCCAUUCGAUAGAUCAUGUGUGUUAAAAGUUUGAAACUAUUCUUCAAGUGACCAUCAUCUGGCGACAUCAACUCUGAUUUGGCCAUUUUUGAUGCAAGAGAACCAUUAUAUCUCGAGAUUCUUUGUUGGUUGCCUGAACGAUCCUGCAGUAUAAGCUAUGAAACCGAGCCUCAGAGUACGGUCAUAUUGAGAUGGCCAUUGAUUAAAGUCAUGAAUGCAUCGUACAAGCAAUGGUCAAACAUCAAGGUAUCUUGGCAUCAGUAUUGUCACUAGAGCUAGGAGUGGAACAAAGCGAUAGUGAAAUACCUACUUUGAGCA